AUACAUAUAAGCGUUUUCCCAAACUGUCGUUCAGAGAUUCAAAUUUCACUGCCACUCAUGCUGCCACGUCAUCGUCUUAUCUCUCCUCCCUACCCAUCAGAAUUCCUUCUCUCUUCUGUCCGGCCUUUCCAAUUCCAACGAAACGUCUUCCCCGUUCCACCGCAGUCAUUUUUGGUCCCCGUUUUCCCAAUUUGCAGCCGAUGUCUACUCCUCCCGCCGGUCACACAAUCCAAACGCAACUUCCCUUCCCGUCUCGGCAAUUCCUCAGAAGUUUUCUCUUACGCGAAAAAACCAGGGCUCCUCGCCUCCUCCCCAAUUUCCCCCUCGACCCAACCCCAGCAGUUUCCCUCAUUCCAAAUCAACAACGUUUCGUGUCUCCACGCUGGCCAUGUAUGCCUUCUGCCUCUUACCCACCUCCUGUUCCUCCCCAGAUUUCCACUAUGCUUCCUCAAACGACAGGUUUUCAUUUUUCUUCCCUUUCUCGGUCUGAAGAACAUUUCUGAUCUUCCCUUUUCUUUCGUCAAUUGGUUUAUGUGAAUGCACCCAAAAUCCCUCCACUGCCAUGGAGAUGGCCUGUCAUCGGAAGACCACAUAUUCCUCCACAACCGGCCGUCUUCUGCAUACCACCAACGUCGCAAUCGUCCCAUUCUCGACCCCUCUGUAUUUCCGCAGGUAAUUUCAAUAGUUUGGGUGUCUUUUUCCUUAGUAUUUCCCUUUCCUGCGAGUCUUUUUCGGCCCUGAAUUUUGGCUUGGGUUCUGAUUUGCUGAGAGGGAGAAAGACUGAUGUUUGAGCACUCUAUUUGCCUUCUGAUAGUUACAAUCGCUACUUUUGAUUCCAGUACUGAUAAUUUGCGUAAUUCGAGGGAUUUUCUUUCCCCUAUCCUUAGUAUUUCUAGGCUUUGGAUUUUGUAUUAAGUGUUCUGUGUUGCUUAGAGGGAGGAAGAAGGACGUUUCAGGACUGUCUGGCUUUGAUAGUUUCAAACGGUUACUGUUUGUCUCAUGGAAAUUCCAGGGUUGAGAAUUGUAGUUAUUUGUCUCAUGGAAAUUCAGGGUUCCUUUUUGUUUUUUGAUGCUUCUCUUAAUAUUGAUUGCCCACACAAGAUAUAAACACUUCUAGCUUUCAUACAUCCAGGGUAUAAUUACUUCCCACAAUGCAUUAUUCGCCUUCAGAGGACUUCUCCCUCUUGAAAAACUGCAAUCUUACAGGACUUCUCUCAUCAGAUGAUAACUGUUAUUGUAGGCUAUGUUGAUCAAAGGAUCUUAAAUAGUUAAAUCCAUUCGAGCAAUAUGUUCUGAAUUGCCGGCUUCUAUAAUCUGCAGCUAAUAUAGAAAGAAUUACAAUGGAGAUUGGGGUAAAUCUUAGUUUGUGGAGAACAACAUUUAAGAGGAAUUAAUGGCUAAGAGCAUGUUAUAAUUUUAGCAGCUUAGCUGCAACUAUGGUGAAGCAGCUAAAGCAAACACUGAAUUGCGGAAACUAUAAUUGGUCAUCACAAUCAAAUUACAUAACUUGGUUUGUUGUGAUCCACUUCUUAAUGCUGAAAGCUUCUUUUGGUUUCUUUUGAACAAUUUUGGCGGUUGGCAUGGGAGUUGCUCAAAGUGAGGUCCCAUAACAUGGAUCUCAUUCUGACAUAAGUGAAUUUUUCUUUAUAAGGAUGUGCUUUUCUCACUCUAAUUAUGGAACAUGAGAUCUGCAGAAGAGAAAAAACAUUCCUUUCGUAAGUAUGUUAAUUCACACUUGAGCUUUCAAGUUUGUUGAUAUGACUUGCUAAAGAUGCCGACUUUCAAUUGUCUGUGUGACUUUGCAGUGAUGUCAAAGGAGGAUUCGAUCAGUAUAAUUUAGUAAUGCAUGAUUAUGGGCGAUCUAACUACCUUGCAUAGGAGCGAACCAGUGUCCAGCUUUAGUUUGCAGGUUCGGCUGUUGGUUUGAAGGUAUAUUCAUUUGCAGUCUCAAAUGGACAGAUAAGGAAAGAGAGUGAUGGUGUAUGAUGACCCUUCACAGUUAAAACUCGGAACGUUUGCUGCGAUUUCUCGACCUCAUAGUAAGUUCAUUAAUAUAAUUGAAUUGAGUGUCAACAUGUGUUUAAAUCUGUCGUAGUCAUCUCUCUUGAGCCAUAAAAGUUGUCUUUUUUAUACUGUGAAAUGCUAUGAUACUGAAAGCACCUCCAUUUUCAAGUAAUUAGAAUAAACUCAUUUUGCUACAAAUGUUUCUCAUAGUUGGUUCCCACACUAAGCCAACUGUUUUUAUUGAGUCUUCUUCAAGCCUCAACUAUUACUCAUCUCCAAGCCUCUUCUUCGCACAAAGUCAUAUGAGGAAUGACAUGCAUCACAUUCUCUGGGUAUCACAAAUUUUAAUAAUACAGUAAACUAAAAUGCAUGAUAUCAUUCAUGUUCAAAUGGGUCAUUGCCGAUUCAUGAAAAUGAUUUUUCGGAUUACAUUGCAAAAACUCUAUAUCCAUUAGAAAUGCAAGAUACUACUAAUGAACAACUUAAUUUUUACUUCGAGUGAGUGUUUUGUGUGGCAGAUCAACCUUUAUUUUAAUUGUUGCAAUGGAAUCCAGCUUUCCUGUGUAACAACAAAGAAACACCUCUGAACAAAUUUGUUAGAAAUACAAGAGAUCCUUCUUCAUCUUUUGUUAACACGUGAACUUCAUAAACUAAUGACUGAUUAUAUAUUUGCAGGCCAAUGAAAUCGACCCACAAGAUGGCAACAGCCACUAAAGCCCCUCACAGCCAUACCAGAGUCAUGAUGCGAUGUCAAAGGCACACCAUCCAUCCAUCCAUUCAAGGUUGUCAAGACUGAGAGAACCAAUACUGACAAUGUCCACUCCAAACAACGUCAAGAUACUGGUCACCACAUUAUUCCAAAUUCGAAUGACCAAAUCAACCAACAACACUACACACUAUGUAGUCAGACAACACUACUACUGUGAUGCAAAACUUUAGAUUUUUCAUCUCUUAUGUGUGUGAAUACGGCUGUCCCAAAUGACCGUAUUAUGGAUAAUAAUAUUAUGACUGAAGCAUUGUUAUGCAUUUAAACUUUUGACUAUAUAUCAUAAUUGCAAACACAAGCUACCCAAAGACAAGAAAAAGGGAGUAAACGAAUGUCACAAACGACCCAGACAGACAAUAGUAACCACUAACCCCGGCCAAAAAGCUAGUUACCUGAAUGAGGCCAGUGGCGACGAGUUGCGGGAUGGCGGCGAUCAACUGGUAGGCCAGGAGAUCCACGGCCCAAAACCCAGUCACCGGAAGCCUGCAUCUCCGGCCCACUUCAAUAGCCGACGAAACCAGCAAUUGCUUCCUCCCCAACGCGUGGGCCUGAGACCGUCCGAUUUCAAAACCGAGAUCCCCAAUUUCGUUCGUGCUCCUCCCUCCCCCUAGGGUUCUUGCAUUCUCCCAAUCAAUCCCUUUCCGGCCAUGGAUACCCAACCGCUCCCUCUUGAAUCCACUCCUGGACCCGAAACUGGGCUUGAAUCGGAGCCAGAGAAGCAAAAGCGCGAGGAAGCCGGUGGCAGCAACGACGACAAGGUCGCCGAUGGUAGCGGCGAGGGCGAUGAAGGGGAGGACGACGAGGAUUUCGAGAUAGAAAUCGUGGAAGAGGAGGAUGAUGGCACGGAGCGCCAAGUGUUUGUUCAGGCACCGUCGAAGCCCUUAAUCUGGUAUCCCAAAGACAAGGCCGGACUGGAGAAGUUACAGAACUUCUAUGAUACUAUUCUGAAAAGCGAGGGAUUUGAUGUGGGCGAAGAACUUCCUCCGGUGGACAUCAUUGAAUUCGGCGUUCUGCCAGUCAACUUGAAAUCUAAGUGGCAUGGCGAAAAUGUCAAGGCGUGUGUGGAGUUCGUGAUUGAGCAGUACAAUAAAGAGCGCGAGGGGAAAUCCGAGCUGAAAGUUGUUGACAUCGUGAAGGCCAAUUGGGGUCAGUGCUCUGGUAAGAACUACUACAUCACCUUAGAGGCUGCUGACCUGCUGUCUUCUGAUCCUGCUGCUACGAAAACCUACGAAGCUGAGGUUUAUCGGAACAUUCGUGGGAAACUAUCGACAACACUGUUCCGUGUGAAAGGCCAGACAGAAACCAUUCUAGAAAUGGAAGGCGGCCGCCCACGCACCUGCAUGUGAUGAAUGGGAGGGAGGUUCAGAGAGUUCAAGGGUUAGUUUAACUGAUGGCAAUGCGUAUGUUAAAUUGUGAUGCAUGAUGGUAUUUCGCUAUGGGCGUGUCUUGUUUUCCCGCUGCAUGCUCGAUCUCUUUGAGUUUCUCUAGCUUUGUUAGAACUGCUUAAUUGAGUACUACAGAGAGAGAGAGAGAGAGAGAGAGGGUCAGUCAUCUGAGUAUCUGACCACCUUUGCUUUCUCUCUUAAUUUUCACUUGCUGUUUCUGUCAACUUGGUAUCUCUAAGUAAAGAUGUACAGUCCAAUAUUCAUGCCUAUGGUUGGUUGUCUUUUAAUUUUAUGCUUUUCUUUUCCGCAGGUGCAGUGGCUGGGGAGUUCUAGGGCGUCAUCUGAUGUGGUCAUUAUCUUUCGUAGUAGUAGUUUAUCUCAAGAUUUCUGUCUGAUUAAGCAAUGGAGAUGUGUUCAGUUGGGUGUUGGAUUUCUUGUACUAGUUUGCUGCUUAUAUAAAACUUGAACCAAUUAUCAGUAAAAUUGGUUUCUUUCUCGACAAAGAUUUAACAAAGGAGAAAGAACAUUGGUCCACUUGCAUUAUUUUUCUUUUUCGUGAAUGCACGAUAGGGAUAUGUAAUGUAAUGUAACGGCUAUGGUCUUCACGUGAGCUAGGCAGAGAAAAUUAAAUAUAUUGCAUGCAUGCACAUUCUGCCAAAAAUUCAAAGGAAAAUAAUAAUAAUAAUAAAUGCCAUGCAAUGCAUGGGUUUGCUAUAUUAUUUUUUUCUACGUUUAUAUAACCUAGCUAUUAUUAUAUUCUAAAUGUGGACUUGUCUUAUAUAAGGUAACUUCAUUCAUCAAUUAAUUGCGCGCCCUACAUUUUGGUUCUAAUUAGGUUGGGAUGUUGACACAUAUAAAAGUAAGGAUUGUAAAAUCGUGUUGUAUAAAAAAAAAAAAAAAGUCAGCAGUGAUUUUUUGUGUUGAAACUGUUGUUUAACCGUUCAUAUCGUUAAAUAUCGUCUAUCGAUUUAAAUUCCAAUAAGAUUUUUUCGAGUCCAACCACCAACAUAGUACGAUUUUUCAAUCUUGCACAAGAGAAGAGUUUGCCAAAUUUAAACCUUUGAAUUGUUAUUAUGUUCUUGAAUCAAGAUCACCUUGAAUCAACAAUAAACCAUUGAGACAAUGUUUUAGUGGUAUCAUAACCAUCACAAACAAAAAUCAAAAUCUGCCAUAGCCACGAGAUCUAAUAAAGUAAUGAUUUCCCUUGAACAUAUGAUGAGCCGGCCACUUUCUUGUUCUGGCAAAACAUAGCCGAAAAGGCUCUAUUUGAGCCUUGCCAUAAAGCAAGUGCUAAUUGGGGCUUCAUUCCAAGGUUGACCACGAUUUUAUACGUCUAAUCACCAAUUCUGAAGCUGAUCACCAAGUGUUUAAUCAACAAUUAUUUGAGCAAACUAUCUUUGCGAUCCGUGGAAAAAAUGGUAUACAUUUCAAAUAGUUUGAUUUGGGUAUGGAUUUUAUACCAUUAGGUACACAAAGUUCUUUCGAAUAAAUGUCGAUUAUGAUAAUUCAAACACGCAAUAUUUACUCUAUAAAAAUGUCUAUUGACA